AUGGAGACCUUGGCGUCGAAACCGCUGCUGAAGAACGCGCUGAUAUGCGCCGCGCUCGGGUGCGUGGGGGACUCGGUGGCGCAGCGACGCGAGUCGAUGGUUCGAGCGCGGGCGAAGAAGGACGCGAGCGCAAAGGUGAAGAAGACGGCCAAGGGCAGAGAGGUCGCGGCGGAUGACGAUUCGCACGACUUUACGCGAACGCUCAAGCAGGCGAUGUAUAACUUUUUCUUCUACGGACCGGCGCAACACUACUGGUACAUUCAGCUGGCGAGGUGGUUUCCGGGACGGGCGUUCGCGAUGUCGGCCGAGUCGCUCGCACCGUUUGGGGCGAAGGUUUUCUUGAAUCAGGCCGUUCUGGGACCCGUGGUCGUCGCGACGUUCUUCUUGUGGGGGGCGGUGUGGAGCGGCGACGUUUCGGGGUACCCGGCCAAGGUACGACGAGACGCCCUGCCGACGCUGCGCGCUGGAUGGUCGUUCUGGAUCCCAGCCUCGAGCGUGAACUUUGCCUUGGUGCCAACCAGGCAUCAAGUACUGUACAUGUCGGCGUGCUCCAUCGUGUGGAACGUCAUCCUGAGCCUGAACCUAAACAAGGCGUGA